UCAAGUCUCCGAACUGCAAGCACCAAAGCAAUCCUACCAACAAAAUGUUCAAAUCCGCUGUUGUCAUCCUGGCCAUCGUUGCCUGCGCUGCUGCCAAGCCGGGACUCCUGGGAGCUCCUCUGGCAUACACUGCUCCUCUGGCUUACGCUGCUCCCGCUGCUGUUGUGGCUGCUCCUGCUCCGGUUGUGACUGCCACCAGCAGUCAGGUGAUCGCCAGGAACUACAAUGGAAUCGCUGCUGCUCCCGUCAUCGCUCCCUUGGCAACUCCACUGGCUGCUCCCGUGAUUGCCAAGUACGCCGCUGCUCCCUUGGCGGCACCUAUUGCUGCUCCUCUUGCCGCUCCUCUGAAUGCUCCAGUUAUUGCCAAGUAUGCUGCUGCCCCUCUUGCCGCUCACCUGGGAUACUCUUCCCCUCUGGCUUACAGCGCCCCUCUUAGUUACGCCGCUGUUCCUUCCCACACCGCUCCCUUGGCAUACAGUUCUCCCCUGGCUUACGCUGCUCCUGCUGCUGUUGUGGCUGCUCCUGCUCCAGUGGUGACUGCCACCAGCAGUCAGGUGAUCGCAAGGAACUACAAUGGAAUCGCUGCUGCUCCCGUGAUCGCUCCCGUGGCAACUCCACUGGCUGCUCCCGUGAUUGCCAAGUACGCCGCUGCUCCUUUUGCAACACCCAUUGAGGCACCAGUGACUCCAUUGGCUUUCUCUUCUCCUCUCGUUCUGUAA